AUAGCAAACAAGAGGGAGGUUAAAGAGCAAAGAAAUGCUUUCAUGCUAUGUGUGGUAUACUGUGCCUUUAAGCCACACUCUCUGGUUGCUACAGCUGUAAUGUAAGAACUACUGAUUGCUGGGAUAUAUAGCUUUUGUGCACCCAAAGCCUCAGCAGCCUUCCUAAUGUUUGGAAUAAACUCUUUCCUACAAGACUCUGCUGGCUGUUGAGCUUCCUUCAUACGAAGAAUACUACAUGGUGUCAGAAGUGGGAUACAAACCUCUCCUGUGCUACAACCUGGAAGCUAGCGUCCCCCGAAAAAGGAGUGUUUAGACAUGGAGUCAUUUCGUCCUCCUCCUUCCCUUGCUAUGCAAGGUAAUUUGGCUGAGAACUGGAGACAGUGGGAACAGGCCUUUCAGUUGUAUCUUGCUGCAGCGGGACUUGAGAAUGUGUCAAAGAAGCGGCAGAUAGCUAUCCUGCUACAUUGUGUGGGAGAGGAAGGAGUUUCUUUAUAUAAUACAUUUGUUUUUGCCGAGGAGAACCCGAAAGAUAUUGCAGAGGUUCUGGAACAGUUUAGGACUUAUUUUUUACCUCGGAAGAACAUUGUGUUUGAAAGGUUUUGUUUCUGGAACCAUAUGCAGAGUCCUGGAGUUACAAAUGUGCAAUUUAUUGCUGAGCUAAAACUGAAAGCAGCCAGCUGUGAAUUUGGAAUGGCAGUUAAUGAGAUGAUAAGAGAUAAAGUUGUUUUUAGUUUACAGCAAGAGAAACUGAAACAAAAGUUGUUACAAGAAGCCGAUCUUACACUUGAGAAGGCCGUGGAGAUAUGCCGGGUUGAUGAGACAACGAGAGCUCAGCUGAGAACCAUGGCAAUAACAUCGGAAGAAGGAGUGUUUGAAUUACAAGACAGCCAUGGAGAAAACAAAGAGAUUAUAACUCAAGCUCUGGGAACCAGGGAGUCAAGACACAGAGACAAUUGGAAAAAUCAGAAUAAGUGUGGUUAUUGUGGUACAGCUCAUGAACCUCGGAGAUGUCCAGCAUUUGGAAAGACCUGCAACAAGUGUGGCAAGAAAAAUCAUUAUGCCAGGUUAUGCAGGUCAAGGGUGACCAAUCCUGUGAAUAUACAAGCCAGACAACACAUUCAUGAGUUGAAUGAUUCCUAUUAACGUGCGUCAAGAUCUACAAAGAGCUCAGGAAAGACAGAAACAUUUUUAUGAUCGAACAGCAAGACCCCUCAAACCACUAAGAGAGGGAGAUUUGGUAUGGAUGCAAUCCAAUAAUUGCAAAGAAAGAUGGCUUCCUGCCGUUGUGAUAGAAAAAUGUAAACAGCCUCGGUCAUAUCUAAUAAAGAAUCAGGACGUAAUAGGCGUCAAUUAAAACAACGGAACCAAACACCCGAAACUACAAUUCAAGGAAAUACAACAUAUAAUGGUUCUAAAGGGAUGUUUGUGAACAAAAGUGACGCACAUGUAAUAGCAGAUAGAAAGCCAACGUAUGUGACAUCGCAUGGCAGGCCUGUGUUUGAACCUGUAAGGUACACUCCUUAGAAGGAUGGUGCUGAAGACCAUCCUCAACGGUGGGCUAAGUACUAGUGACCUCUGGCCCCAUAGAAGACAUAUUUUCUUACCUGUCUAGUGAUGUAAUGAAGCUGCCAAGUUUUAAUGAGAGACUUUUGUAAUUUUGAUGUAUGAUUUUUUUUUAACACUUUUAUAAAAUGUAUUUUGUUUUGUCUUGUCAGAUGUGUAGUUAUUAUGUAUGAAGGGGAGAUGUGGUAUACUGUGCCUUUAAGCCACACUCUCUGGUUGCUACAGCUGUAAUGUAAGAACUACUGAUUGCUGGGAUAUAUAGCUUUUGUGCACCCAAAGCCUCAGCAGCCUUCCUAAUGUUUGGAAUAAACUCUUUCCUACAAGACUCUGCUGGCUGUUGAGCUUCCUUCAUACGAAGAAUACUACACUAUGCAAGGGGUAUUAAAAGAGUGUACUGAGAGAGAAACCUUUGUCAAAGCAACUUCUCGUUUGAGUCAAGAAGCAAGUUUUUUGCUUUCUCGAAUUAUCUUGUAGCCUUUGUGUGUUCAUGUUUAUGAGACUUUUGUCAUGCAUUAAUGGGACCUUGUUUCAUGCCUAAUGUUUUCUUGGAU